AGCGCCGGGCUAAUGGAGGAAACUUAGACAGGAGCAGGCGCGGCCCCUCAUCUCUCGGUAUUGCCUGCUCGCCUCCCCCCUCACCGGGCGCGCCGCUCCCUGCCGAGCCGCCGUCCGAGCGCCGCCGGGCCCGCGGGACUGCCUGGCCCCUUGCGCUACCCCGAUGAUGUUACCGAGCCCCGUCACCUCCACCCCCUUCUCUGUCAAAGACAUCCUCAACCUGGAGCAGCAGCAGGACCCGCACUAUGCGGCGCAGCUCCCGCACCACUUGGAGCACCACUUCCACCCUGCCUCCUGCCUGCUGGCGGCCGCCGAUGGCGCUCGCUUCUCCGACGGCGAGGAAGAAGAGGAGGAGGAGAAGCUGUCGUACCUGAGCCCCAUGGCAGCGCCCGGCAACCAGGCGGAUGCCCGGAUCUCCGCUGAAACCUACGUGCACGCCGUGCUGCGCGGCUCCUGCGAGGCCCCCGGCCCGGGAGAGGAGCUGGACCCCGCUGCCCGUGACCCAAAGAGCUGCGUCCUGAAGAAGCCACUGGAUGUGACGGAGAAGGCAGAGGAGGCGGAGAGGCCGAAGCAACGGAGCCGAAGGAAGCCGCGCGUCCUCUUCUCCCAGGCGCAGGUCUUCGAGCUGGAGCGGCGGUUCAAGCAGCAGCGUUACCUAUCGGCACCCGAGCGGGAGCACCUGGCCAGCAGCCUCAAGCUCACUUCCACGCAAGUGAAGAUCUGGUUCCAGAACCGGCGCUACAAGUGCAAGCGGCAGCGGCAGGACAAGUCGCUGGAGCUGGGCGGCCCCGCGGUCCCGCCACCGCCGCGCAGGGUGGCCGUUCCCGUGCUGGUCCGCGACGGCAAGCCGUGCCUCGGCGGGUCGCAGGGCUACAGCUCGGCAUACAACGGGCCCUACUCCUACAACGGUUUCCCCCCCUACGGCUACGGCAACGCCGCCUCCUAUAACCCCGGCUACGGUUGCACCUACCCGGCGGGCACAGGCAGCGCCUCCAUGCAAGCAGCCUGCAGCCCGGCGGCCGCCGCCGGCCCCUUCGUGAACGUGGGCGGCCUGGGGGGCUUCGGCGGCGGCGGCCAGCCGCUGCACCAGGCAGCGCCGGGGCCCUCCUGUAGCCAGGGCGCACUGCAGGGCAUCCGGGCCUGGUAGCCCGCACGCACUGAGGGCGAGGAGCGAACCGGCAUGACGG